CACACAUCCAAACCUGCCAAUCGCAUAGUCGCGUCGCAUCAAAUGAAUAGGCUCCAUUCCUCCUCCAACAUGAACAGAAAUGGUUGGACGACGGAGGGGAAAGAGCGGCAAAAUUGGUCAAUUCUUUGAGCGGAUACCUCUGUAUUUUAGUUAUCUCAUCUUGACUUCAGUAUGGCUUCUAUUCAUGCUCUUUAUAACCCUCGGCGAGGUACUCAUCAAGCGGCGCCAGAUCGGUCGAUUCCUCGAGCAGGUAAUCACUUUUAACACCCUGCUCUUCUUCACCGUCUUGUCGCUUAUCACCACAUCCCUUCGAUCGCCUGGCAGUCCUGACCAAACGUUCGCUCCAACCUCGUACGUUCCAGGUUUUAGUUUGGUCCGGCAAAGGCAAGAACGAAAGCAACAUCUUUCAAAGAACAAUCACUUGCCUGUUCGACCUCCCAUAGGUAAGUCCAAGCUCAAAAUAAACAUCAAGACCGAACCACCGCCCUCCCUCAAAUUCCUACGUAAUCCCCAAUGGGUUUCCUCACGUCUCCACAAAGAUCGCCCCUCACCUCUUCCCCUUUUUAAGAACCAAUCUUACCCAUCUAUACCGUCUACUGCUGAUUCUCCUCCUUCUGAGAAUGAAAAAGGUAGCUGUGAAAGUAAUAAUAUGGGGUGGAGCGACUUGGGAUCAGAGUCGGAAUUGGAAUCGGAUUACUCCCCUUUCCCGCUUAGCCUCAGCUCACGAAACAGCGAUCGGGAUAAGGAUGUAGAAAGGAAUGGAGAUGGCGGAGAACGUGACCCACUUUUGAUCCUUGAAGAAGGGCGUGUCCCUGCGCAUGCAGACAUGAGCGAAAAGGUUGACUCUCCAACAUCAACAUCAACCUCAACACCAGCGAUAGAUACCAGUGGUAAGAUCCAGCCGCGGUGGUGUAAACGGUGCGACGCCUGGAAACCCGAUCGGACACAUCACUGUAGGCACUGCCAUCGUUGCGUUCUCAAAAUGGACCACCAUUGUCCCUGGGUAGGGACAUGUGUUGGGUAUCGUAACUACAAACCCUUCCUCCUCUUCAUCACAUACGGCACCCUCCUCGCUAUUUACACCACUUUCGAAACCGGAUACGAAGUGUAUCUCUAUUUCUUUCAUCCUCUUGAUCAUCCGCUACCGUCACAUCUGGGCGAUCUUUCCUCCCCUUCUCCCCUCCCCGCGCCCGUCUCUCUGCAGCUCGGACCAGCAGUAAGCAUAAUGCUCCUCACCAUGGGUAUAUUCAUCACCUUCUCCGUCGGGGGACUGGCAUGUUUCCAUUGGUGGUUAGCUUCAAAAAAUAUGACAACCCUCGAAUCCAUCACCCAUUCAUACCCCACUUCCCUCUUAUCUUCCCUUCCAUCCAACCACAACACGUCACUUUCCUCUCCCCCCGCAACUGCGCCGAAUCUGUCAUACAAACAACGCCAAUCUCUCUCCCGAAGAGCACAAGAAAUAAACGUCUACGACCUCGGGUGGAGACGUAAUCUGAAACAAGUUUUCUUUGGUGGUCAUAAUAGACAUCGUGAUCGCGGGCCCGAUCUUGGUGAUGGAGGUCGGUGUGAAGAUGAGGAUAAGAGGGUGACGAUAGGGAUGGUAUUAGGAGCGAUGUGGCCGACUAAAAUCGGGUACGAUCAAUCCGAUCCCAUAGCUGGCUCUGGCUACGACUUCCCAUACGACCCUUGCGCCCUUGAACGACUGAAAACGUUGACUGAAAAGCUGCGUUCGAGUACGCUUACGUUUGACGAUGGGGAUGCGUGCGAUCCGUGCGAUAGAGAGGAUGGAGGGGAGGGUACUAGUGAUGUUGGGAGUGGAUGUGAGAAUGAGGAGGAUGAAUACCACGACGAAGAGAACGCGAACGGGUUUGGCGGUAAAAAAGCCAAGUAUGAGGCAAUGGACGAGAAACUCACCAUGCCAGAUCCGGAUAAAGUGGACACAAGCAGGCGAAAAAAAAGGUUGGCCGUACCGAUGAAGAAUCACGAGAGAGGAGUUAAAUGGUUUGAAGUUUAAAGAGUCCUCCCAAGCUUCAGAUGCAAGAGAUUUUCGUAACAGUUUGCUCAAUCUAUACUGGCUUAAAAUCGUCUGAUCAUCGUUUUCUUAUGAAACACCACGAGACAGUAAAUAAGUAGGUGUGAAUGAUUGAUGCAUGUGG